AUGUCGGUGGACAAGGUGCGUGUUUCGUGCCGGUUUCGUCCACUGAAUAAUGUAGAGCAGCAUGUACCCCUCGGCGUGGCCUUCGAGGGGGAUAGGCAGGUGAUUUGUAAAACAGCAAGGACUUCGUCCACGGCUUUGCAACAGUUUACAACUCCUCGUGGCGCGUCGAUCGAUGACAUCCGUUCUCUAAGUGGGGGUUUGGUGUCUUUAGACGUGUAUACCUUUUCUCGGGUGUAUCAGCCAGACACGACACAGAGGCAGUUGUAUGAGGAUGUCGCUCGCCCCAUUGUUGACGAUGUCAUACAUGGGUACAACGGCACACUGCUAGUUUACGGGCAGACGGGGAGCGGCAAAACGCAUACCAUGUUUGGUGUACACUCCCCUACAAGUGAGGAAUCUGGGUCAAUGGUUUUUAAUAUGCAUGACAACGGUGCUGGCAUCGUGCCUCGUGCGGUGCGACAACUGUUUCAUGCCAUUCACAGUGCGGAGGAGGCGGUGGAGUUUGAGAUCCGUCUGCAGUUUCUGGAGAUCUACAUGGAGCGUGUGCGAGAUCUGCUCAAGACUACUGAAGGUAGUUUGCAUGUGCGUGAGGACCCGACGGGGUUUUAUGUGGAGAAUUGUGAAAUGCCGUACGUGACAAAUACGGAGGAGGUGCUGCAGCUCGUUUGUAGUGGGCUGCGCCGGCGCGCCACCACGGCGACGGCCGUUAAUGUUGCCAGUAGCCGUAGCCACUGCGUUCUUAACAUCACCGUGAAGAGCGUGAACUCCGCCAAGCAUGAGGCAACCAUCGGGAAACUUUUUCUCGUGGACCUCGCAGGGUGUGAGAAGGUCUCACGCACACUAGCCGACGGUCUUCGCUUGGAGGAGGCAAAACUGAUUAAUAAGUCCCUCACCACUCUCGGGCACGUCAUCAUUUGCCUGGCGGAGAAGCAUUCACAUGUGCCGUACCGUGACAGCAAACUCACACGCAUUCUAAAGGACUCACUAGGCGGGAACUCACGCACGGCGCUUAUUUUAUGCUGCAGCCCCUCACAACUUGCGGCGCAUGACACGCUCUCGACACUGCGCUUUGGCACACGGGCACAGAAUGUGUGCAACCGGGCGGUCGUCAAUAGGCAGUUUACGAUGGAGGAGCUUAAAGGCAUGCUGGGUCUUGCGAAGCUGGAGAUACAAAAACUGAGGCGUUUACUCCGAGAACGGGUUUGUGACAGCUCACAACGAAAAGUAUCCACAGCGCGAGGAUGUUCAGAGACACUGGCGGGCAGUCCAUCCCAACGCAGCGGGGAUUCUGUGGACACUAGCAGCGUGGAUGUCUUGCUGCAGCACGCCGUCCGUGAGCAGCUUUCUCUAUGCGAUAUGCAAGCGGAGUUAGAGCGCCUACGUGACGCGUUACGCGAUGCGCAGUACACGACGGAUCUUCUCCACACGCAGUCGGCGGCACAGGCUUCACUGGUGCAAAUUCUGCAACAAGAGUGCGCUGCAUGGGAGGAGGAGUUUACGCAGCUUGCACGGGAGUUGUAUGCGCAGCGCCGCUACGCGGAACACUACCGCAUGUUGUUUACUGAGGCCCGAGAGGAGGCCAAACUUGUGCCCAUAAAGCUAGAAUCGUACAUGGAGCAGCUGCGCAGCAUCUGUGGGAAGGUGGAGGAGCACUCACGUCUGUUGCGUUGCAACGUUGGCCUGGCGUCUGUGAGCCUGGCCUCGUUACAGGUCACAAACGGGAGUGGAUCACAACCCGUAACCCCAUGUACGACUCCGGCACUCACAGAGGGUGCAGAGAUGGUCAUAAACCCCACAAGUGUCAGGCAGUCACUUUUUAUGGACGCUGGCUUGCCUGUUGCCAUCCUGUCACGCUACAAGUGCGCGGGUUUAGGGCAUCGUGGCAAUGUGACAGCUGCCGUUUCUAACACUGUUGGUGAUGGUGAGGAUAAUGACUGGGUCGGCUUCCACAACGGCGACGAGGAAAGGCAGGACAUGCUGCUGCUUCAGCGCAUGGGGGUUGUCAUGGAGGAGCUUGAGAAGCUGCGAAAUCAGAAUGGUGCCUUAACGCUGGAGCUGCAGCUCGCCGAGAAGAAGUUAGCCUUCCGCCACGGGCGUAUUGAAACCCUGAAGCAUGGGUUGCGGCAAGAAGGUGCGGCAAAGGAGGAACUGCAGAGGGCUUUGGAAAAUGAGCGGGCGAUUCAUCAAGUCCAGCUUCAGGACGCACGUAACGAUGCUUUCUACUGGCGCCAGCACUACGAGUAUCUGUUGAACAACUCGUACACGCACAGUGGAAAGUACAACGGGAGGCACAACGUUGAACGUCGGAGCGGCACACCAACGCUAGAGGACGCGCUGACGGCACGAGAGCAUCGUUCUCUGGUGGAUUCACCUGUUACGAUGGGUCAUGGCAUCAUUGUACGGCCGAUUCGUGGUGGGGGACACAAAGAGUUGACCUGA